CCUCGCCGACGUCUGUUCCAUUUCAGAGACGGGAGCAGCCCAGAGCGGUUUAGGCUUCGCUGUUUGUUUGUUUGUUUAUUUGGUUGGUUGUUUUUCACCGAUGGAAAUCAUCACGAUAUAAAAAAAACAACAACAAAACAACAACAACUCGUUGUUGAUUCCACGCAAGAAGAGAUCGCGGUCCUGGCUUGGUUUUCCGAGGAGCCAAUCGUAGAUGUUCUUACUCCAUCUUUAAUUGAAUGGAAUGCAAAUACUCGGCUGUGGUGCCCCAGUGCUCGCCGCGAAUCUAGAUAAUGGGCUGUGUACAAUGUAAGGACAAAGAGGCAACCAAACUGACAGAUGAGAGAGAGACGAGUGUUUCCCAGCACGCUGGGUACCGCUAUGGGGCCAACCCGACGCCCCAGCACUACCCCAGCUUUGGGGUCACCGCCAUUCCUAACUACAACAACUUCCACGCGCCCGUCAGUCAGGGGACCGUGGCGGUGUUCGGAGGAGUGAACAGCUCGUCGCACUCGGGAACUCUGCGCUCACGUGGUGGAACAGGAGUCACACUCUUCGUAGCACUUUACGAUUACGAGGCGAGGACGGAGGACGAUCUCAGUUUUAGGAAAGGAGAAAAAUUCCAAAUCCUCAACAGCACGGAAGGAGACUGGUGGGAGGCUCGCUCCCUCACUACAGGUGGAACAGGAUACAUACCCAGCAAUUACGUGGCUCCAGUAGAUUCGAUCCAGGCCGAAGACUGGUACUUUGGGAAACUCGGGCGUAAGGAUGCAGAGAGGCAGCUGCUGUCGAACGGAAAUCCUCGGGGCACUUUUCUCAUCAGGGAAAGUGAAACCACUAAAGGAGCGUAUUCCUUAUCUAUACAGGAUUGGGAUGAUGUUAAAGGUGAUCACGUGAAACACUAUAAGAUCCGUAAGCUUGACAACGGAGGCUACUACAUCACCACCCGGGCUCAGUUUGAGACGCUGCAACAGCUCGUCCACCAUUACUCUGCGAGGGCUGCGGGACUGUGCUGUCGAUUGAUAGUCCCCUGCCAUAAAGGCAUGCCUCGCCUUGCGGAUCUGUCAGUCAAAACCAAAGACGUGUGGGAAAUCCCGCGAGAGUCGCUUCAGCUCAUCAAGCGCUUGGGGAACGGCCAGUUCGGCGAGGUCUGGAUGGGUACUUGGAACGGCACCACGAAAGUAGCGGUGAAGACCUUGAAACCAGGCACCAUGUCCCCCGAGUCGUUCCUGGAGGAAGCUCAGAUCAUGAAGAAACUGAGACACGACAAGCUAGUGCAGCUGUACGCCGUCGUCUCCGAAGAGCCUAUUUACAUCGUCACGGAGUACAUGGGCAAAGGGAGCUUGCUGGACUUUUUGAAGGACGGUGAAGGACGGAGCCUUAAAUUGCCGAACCUUGUAGACAUGGCAGCUCAGGUGGCUGCAGGCAUGGCUUACAUCGAGAGAAUGAACUACAUCCACAGAGAUCUGCGGUCGGCCAACAUCCUCGUGGGUGACAGUUUAGUAUGCAAGAUUGCGGACUUUGGCCUGGCCAGGCUGAUCGAGGACAACGAAUACACAGCUAGACAAGGUGCCAAGUUCCCGAUCAAAUGGACGGCCCCCGAAGCCGCGCUCUACGGACGGUUCACCAUUAAAUCAGACGUGUGGUCGUUUGGAAUACUGCUGACGGAGCUGGUGACCAAAGGCCGUGUGCCGUAUCCAGGGAUGAAUAACCGUGAGGUGUUGGAGCAGGUGGAGCGUGGAUACAGGAUGCCGUGCCCUCAGGACUGCCCGAUCUCUCUGCACGAGCUCAUGCUGCAGUGCUGGAAGCGAGAUCCCGAGGAGAGACCCACGUUCGAGUACCUGCAGGCGUUUUUGGAGGACUACUUCACUGCCACCGAGCCCCAAUACCAACCAGGAGACAACCUCUAAGCCGCCAACAAGACAACAGCUGGAGAGUUAAAGCGAGUGGAUUCGUGCUUUAAUCUCGAAGAUUACAACACCAGUCCGGUCACUUUGACUUACUAAUGCUGUUAGACGUUGUGGUGGGGGGGAUGGAUGGAUGGAUAGAUAGAUAAACAAAUAAAUAAAUAAAUACAUCACCUGGACGACGGAAAACCUCCUUAGAACUCGAGAGCCAGAGGAAAACGCAUCGCCGCGACACGCACUGUCCCGAACGACGACACGCUGCACGAUCGAUGAUUAAAGCUUCCAGAUUCGUUGCCAUUUCGAUCCAGUAUUCGACCCGUUACUCAUCUUCCAUGAAAAGGACGUGCCAUCUUAAACGUGUUCACUAGAGCCAAACCAUAUUUUGGGGACAUCACACGAGUGUUUGGGAGACAGGAAAAAAAGAAAGAAAAAAAAGAAAAGAAUUAAGGAUAACGGAUGUUUGUAUGUAGUGUAAAUAGGAUUGUGUUUACUUAACCCCGUUUUAGGCUUUAUAUUACUUUUUAUAAUGCUUUUUAUUUGAUUUGAUUUGUUGAUUUUUUUUUUUUUUUACAUUUUUUUUUCUCGUAUCGAGUCACUGCUCAGAGAGAAAAAAAAGUAUGAAUACCGAGGCUGAAACAAGACGACUAGUUCUGGAAACGGCCUCUUUGAAAACGUCCGGGACUCUCUUGAUUAUUUAUUCCAGUAACCACACCCUCUUUCUUUAACUUGGAGAAAUCCUGCAGCACAUAGCUUAGCGUUCCUGACACUAAACCUUGUGACUUUUUUUCACCGAAUGGAAAAUUUUGUGCGUGCACUGGUGACUCUGCUCAGCUUUAUUAUUAUUAUUAUUAUUAUUAUUAUUAUUAUUAUUAUUAUUAUUAUUUGCACCUGCUUUUAGCAAAAGCUCAGUGUCUCCAUUCCCUCCCCCUCCCCUCCCCCUCCUUGCUAGUGCAUUUUUCUAUUUAGUCACUUUGGAUUAACGAUAGAAGAAUUAUGCAUCGAUAUAGUAAUCAGGCUGUGUGGGCAUUAUGCUUGACUAUACCUGCAUCUCUCUCUCUCUCUCUCUCUAGCGAAGAUGAUCAAAUAAAAUAAAUGACUAACAUCAUCAUUGUUGUAAGAGGCAUAAAAGCAAAGCGUUUAAUUGCAUUACAAUGUGCUAUGAUUUAACAUAACUAAGUAGGGGAAAAAAAAGAAGAAAAAAAAAACCUUUAUAUUAACUCUACUGAGCUUGUCUAGCUUCGUUCUGGCCCUGAUUUCUGUCCCUGAUUUAAAACGAUAUCAAAACAUCAUGUCUGGACCGCAUUUAACCUCGAUCGGUAUGUCCAAAUGUCGAAAGCCCUCGUCUAUCGAGCAGCAUUAGCAGGCCCAUUUUCACCUCGUUUCCAUUCCAGCUUUCACUCGAAUAUCCAGUGAAGGUUUUUCUAUAGAAUAGUGCACACUAUAGUACGCCGUACGAACACGGGCUCCAACUCCGACCUCAUGGUUUUCACCAGAUUCUCUCUUCUUCUUCUUCUUCUUCUUCUUUUGUUUCUUAAUCAUCCAUUUGAAUGAAUUAAUUCAUAGAUAUAGUGUUUUUAUUUAAUUGUUGUUGUUUUUUUUUUCAUUUAUGCACAAGCAUUUGUAGAAUAAAGACUCAUGCCCAAGCCCA